GCGGUGACCCGCGGCGUACCCUCGCUGCCUGGUGUCGGGCCCUGCCCCGGUAUGCGCUGGGCUCGUUAGCGGCAUGACUGGGGCUGUUUGACGGGGAACUUUGCACGGCUGGCUGCGUCGAGUGCAAACGACCCUGGGACGGCGCUGAAGCUGUGACGUCAUCAUGAUGAUCUGGUCGCCGACCAUUGCUCUGCUGAGCGCUGCGAUGAAUCUCACUGUGCCGGCCAACACGACUGGGCCCGAGGUUCCGUCAGCCCGCAAAGCUGCAACUACAGAGAUUGCCACUUGCGACAACGGCAAGGGCCAGCUUGUCUACGAAAGGAUACCAGGAUACCAACUGCAGGGAUACGACCAGGACCAGUCGACGAAGUCUGUGCUGCCGCUACAACUGCUCGAGGAAUGUCAGCGCGCAUGCCUGAAGGACCUAACGAUCCAAAACAACCUGCUGCGACCCUGCGGAUCGAUCGACUUCCACCCCGGCGAACCGUACGGCAAUGGCCAGUACGACUCGUCUAUGUGCUACCUGACGGAAGAGAAGGCGACCCCAGACGGCAUCGGCACCUUCGUCCGCGUGCCUGGUUACAUCCACUUCAACAAAGUCUGCAUGCCCUCUCAGCCCAUCAGCCGACACUGUCCCGAGCGGAUGUACGUCUUCGAGCGUCAUCUGGAGAAGAGCUUCCGACCCCAGCGGAACAACUGCACCGAGCGACGAGUCGAGGACCGGCUGACGUGCGAGCGCAUGUGUCUGAACUCUGAGGACGAGGUGUGCCGGUCGGCCUCGUACAACUCUGUCAACCAGACCUGCUUCAUGUGCCCGAUCACGUGGCGCUCCGCCCCGGCGCUCUUUGUCGAUAAGGCCGGCGAGGAGUACAUCGAGAACAUGUGCCUUGAGACCGUGUCCAUCACAGAGUCGCGCCGGUGCGAGCGGAUCUUCUGCCGGGCGCUGGAGUACAAGCCACUGACCAACGAGACGGGCGACUGCUACCUGCUGGAGGACGACAGUCUGAGCGUGUCGCCAGAGACGCGGGGCGCUGACAGCCGCGACGACACCAACCUCAUGGAGCUCAUGUGUCUCGACCACGUGAUACAGCAGCUGUCGGACCGAACCGGGGCGGGACGGAACGCCGACGGCGACGGCGCCGACGGGCGGCGACCGGCACCCGGCGGCGACGACCAGGUCUUCUUCAGAGAGGGCCUGCACCGGGAGGCGGACCGCGAGUACGUGACGGCGUUCCGCCGGUACAGCCGCAACCGUCUGGAGGGUGCCCAGGUGAUCACCCAGCUGCCCGACACCUCUGACAGGAUGUGCAUGCUGGCCUGCCUCCAGACGCCAGGCUGCCAAGCCAUGACGUACAGCAAGCGGUUCUCCAUGUGCGAGCUGUACCACCAGAAGGACGGCAUGGGCGGCGCUCGACUGGUCUACCACGAUGACUACAAUUACUACGAGAACCUGCUUGGAGGCGGCUCCGGUGGCUUCUUCGGCGGCUCCAGCCGCGUUCCCUUCGACGGCGACGAGGGGCGUUACGACGACCGGCGCGGAGGCUUCGGCGGAGGCUUCGGCAGCGGCCGGUUUGGCGGAGGCGGUCGGUUCGGCGGCGACGGGUUCGGUAGCCGCGCGCGCAGCUGCUUCGAGGACCGCUUCACGCUGAAGGAGACCGGCCGCCGCCUGAGGCCCGAGCACACCAGUGACCGGCUGUCCGUCUCCUCGCUCAGCCAGUGCGAGGAAGAGUGCGUGCGCACGAAGAAGUUUGUCUGCAAGUCCUUCUCGUACAGAUACAGCUCAUCCGGAACGAGCGCCUCUCUGGACAACUGCGAGCUGAGCAACUUCGACUCGCGCGACUCGCGCAGCGAGGACCGGUACUUCGAGAUGGACCGCGAUUACGACUACUACGACCGCUCGCGCAUCGAGAACUGCAUUGACCACGAGAUCGGUGGUCCGUCUGGCGGAAGUGGCGGCAGCUUCUCAGGCAGCAGCGGCUUCUCUGGCAGCAGCAGCAGCAGCAGUGGAUUCGGCGGCGGUGGUGGAAGCUUCAGCGGCGGCAGCGGCGGCGGC